UGCUGCAAAUGUUUCACACCGGUAAUGAUGUCAGAUCCCGGAGAGAGUUAAGAAACGUGGCCUUAGGAAAACGGGGCACGGAAGAAGAGUGCUAAAGGAGUCGUGUCUGGUAUUUUAAAAGACAGAUAUUGUGUAACCUUACACGUUUUUCCACACAGUUUAUUGAUACCUGGUUAUUACUCGCAAAAAUGGCCGAUGUCGACCAAGGAUCGGCAUUACCCACUGAAACAACUUCUCCGGGUUUGGAUAGCCUCAAUAAUGAUACUGUCUCCAACGGUACCGACUCCAUCAACGCUACUGUUACCAAGUUUGUUUCUACACCUGAAGGCACGGCACUUGCAUAUGGUAGCCUUGUUUUCAUGGCUCUGUUGCCUAUCUUCUUCGGUGCCCUGCGGUCCGUCAGCUGCUCCAAGAGCAAGGUUGCUGCAGAAAAUGAUAACGGUUUUCGGUCCAGAAAUUCCUCGGACAUGCCAGAGACCAUCACGAGCCGAGAUGCUGCCCGGUUCCCCAUAAUUGCCAGCUGCACCCUGUUUGGAUUGUAUCUCUUCUUCAAAAUAUUUUCUCAAGAAUACAUCAACUUGCUGCUAUCAAUGUAUUUCUUUGUGCUGGGGAUCUUGGCUCUGUCUCACACCAUAAGUCCUUUUAUGAACAGAGCAUUUCCUGCCAACCUUCCCAACAAGCAGUACCAACUGUUGUUCACCCAGGAUGCCGGGGAGACCAAGGAAGAAAUCGUCAACUACGAGUUUGACACCAAAGACCUGGUGUGCCUUGUUAUGAGUAGCGUGGUGGGAGUUUGGUACAUCCUCAAGAAGCACUGGAUCGCCAACAAUCUGUUUGGCCUGGCGUUCGCUCUGAACGGCGUAGAGCUGCUGCACCUCAACAACGUGAGCACCGGCUGCAUCCUGCUCGGCGGCCUGUUCGUCUACGACGUCUUCUGGGUUUUUGGCACCAAUGUCAUGGUAACAGUGGCCAAGUCAUUUGAAGCACCGAUAAAAUUGGUGUUCCCCCAGGACCUGCUGGAGAGGGGACUGGGGGCCAGUAACUUCGCCAUGCUGGGCUUGGGUGACAUCGUCAUUCCAGGUAUCUUCAUUGCAUUGCUGCUGCGCUUUGAUGUCAGUCUGAAGAAGAAUACAAGGACCUAUUUCUACACCAGCUUCUUGGCCUAUAUCUUUGGCCUGGGCCUCACCAUCUUUGUCAUGCACACCUUCAAGCAUGCUCAGCCUGCCUUGCUGUACCUGGUCCCAGUAUGCAUCGGAUUUCCUGUUCUCGUUGCACUGUUUAAAGGAGAACUGACUGAAAUGUUCAGCUAUGAGUCUUCGGACGAGAUCUUGCCCCACACCCCCCGGCUCACGCACUUCCCCACCGUCUCCGGCUCUCCCGCCAGUCUCGCUAAUUCUAUGCAGCAGUCGACCUGCUCCCCCCGCCGGCGCCGCCACACCCCCACAUCCCUGUAGAGGGGCGGAGUCUCGGCUGGCAGGUACGAGGAGGCUUCCCCUGAAUCCGACCCAGCACAGAAGGAGGAGACCGAGACAGAGAAGAAGGAGAAGUAACGACAGCCAUACCCCACACAUUUCUACAUUUCAUGAGCCCUGCCACAUUCUGUACCCACCAGAAGGUGGCGCUAAUGUUGCCGAUGUAUUGUGUUGUACUUUGGAAAUGGCUGAUACAUUAAAUAACUUUUCGACAUUGGAUAUUUUGUAGCAUAUAAGUGGUUUGUUUAAGAAGGUACAACAGCAUAUUCGGUGCCAAUGUAUUCCUUUUUGUUUUUUUGUUUUUUUUUGUCUUUUUUUCUUUAUCCAGUUUGCCUUCUGCAUUCUCAUAGGCUAAUUUUUAAAAAAGGAACUCCUUUUUAAAGGCCAGAAUUUUAAAAAUUAUGACAAAGAUGAGAAGACUUCUUAGAAUGAAGAGAGAAAUAACGCACUCACCUUGUGGACCAAAGAAUUCCAAGAAUGUGCAUGACCUUAGUUGUUGAUUAGAAUGAACUUUUGGCUUUGAAAAUGAUCUGCAGCAAAACUUGAUACUUUUUCUUUUUCCAUAAAGUAUUUGUGAUAUCAAAGGUGCAAUUCUAGCACUUUCAAAGGGACAUGCACAAUUAUUAAUGUGUACAGUAUGUAUGUAGGUGUGGGUGUGUGUGAGUAUUAUAUAUUAUGUAGUGUGUCUGUGUUUAUACUAUCUGCAUUUUAUCUGGAACUGCCGUUCUUUUUUUGGCAUAACUGGUAGGGAAUAUGUUUAUCCAUAUUUACUUCAUUUCACAUGUCAUUAUUGUUGUCACCAUUAUUAUAGCAUAAGGAGAGGGUUGGGGGGACCUGGAAUUUGGAAUACACCUUCAUUCAGGUUACUGCAAGGUAUGUUAUAGCAUAUCUUUCAGUAAACUGCAAGGUAUGUUAUUUAAAUUUCUGCAUUAUGUUUUAAAAAAUAAAAUAGAAAAUUUUAAGUGGGCCAUUUGAGAGCCACUUUAGUCCAGUCAGAGGUCAUUAUUUUAUUUUUCACUUCUGGAGGGAGACAUUUGUAAUAGAAAAUGUGUAGAUUCACGUUUGGACUCAUGUCUUUUAAACUUUAAAAUGAAUACAUUUUUUAAAAUGGUCAUUCUCAGUGCUUAAAGCUAACAUUAAAAUAAUUAGUUUUAGCUAUUUGAAAUGCGAGUCAGCUGUUUUUAGUUAGUGUUUUGGCAUUCAUAUCCCCAUAACAUGUUUUGGGUCAGCCUUCUCUGUACAGUUUUAAGCUGUGACUUUACAAAUGUGGAUAAUUAGCAUUGUUUCUGUUCAGGUGUGCACGAAGCCUCACUGAUACAGGUGUGAUAAAAUCAGGGGGUGGGUGCACACAAAGCCCCUCCCUCUUCACACUGCAACAGGAAACAAAUGUGCUACCUAAACAUUAUUCGGACCCAAAGUCUCUGAAAUUUCUUCUCUCCUCAAAAUAACUAUUAAUGCUGUACGGUUUUCACGAAAGGAGGACAAUUUUCAAAUGGCGCCUCUCUUGCUCUUUCUAAUUAACAUUUUGUUUCAAGUUGAAUUUUUAAGAUUCUGGCCUUUGGGGAAUGGAGCUGGGCAAAAUUGGGUUUGGGGUUUAUGGGGUGGGAGAGGUGGAGUGGGGUCAUUUAAGGUCUGGGAUGGUGUAUAAUUUAAUGGUUUUGUAUUGUAAUUUGUAAAGCUCAAGUCCAUGCUUUGCUUGGUGAAAAAUUGAAGUAUCAUCAUUCACCAUCUAUAUAUUUUUUCUCCUAUUGUAUAAAUGCAAGUUGAGGCAAGCUUCUUUGUUGAGGAGCGGAUCCUUUUUGCAAUAAAUUGUGGUGUACACCACUGUAGAAGACGCAUAAA